AGACAAACACGCAACUGCCGUGCUACAGUAUCUCUCUAAUAUUCGAUCCUACCCAAACGGCUCAAUCAAACGGUAAUUGGAGCUCCUACUCUAAAAAUGCCGGUGAGAGUAGUGGAGACCUCACCUUCUUCAUCAACACCUUGGCCAUGUUCAGGUGGAACUCAGGGAAGUACUAUGCCUCAACCUUGCGCUCUUCUAAGUGCUGGACAGACUUUCUCUGGAACACAGAAUGUCUCAAAUCAGCAAAAGGAUGAAGCAUGGAGAGUAAAUGUUCAAAUUCAAGGUUGUGAUCUUGACCAUGGAUAUCUAUGUGGCACCAUGGAAGCCCUGAAUGUUCCCAUGGCUGACACACCGGUGGUUACUUUCUGGGAAGGGGAAAUUGUUGACACAAAGAACUAUACUUUCUUCACUGACAAAUGGGGCGCAACAACGGAAGAUGAUAUAAGGCACUGGUCGCAGUUUCCAUCUUUUUCACCCCUACAGAGCAUGGUUGAAAAUGAUGGUGGUAAAUUGCUGGACUUGAGUAAUUAUCAGAACAUAUUCAUGAGAUGGAAAGAACAAUACUUUGUGAAUGUUGGAACCGACUGUGGGCUGACGAUAGCUGGUUUUUACUACGUCUGCUUCUCCUGUAACGAUGGCUCCAUUAAUGGUUUCUAUUACGAUCCCAACAGCAGCCCUUUCCAGAAAUUGGAACUGAAAACCACCAGCAACGGGAGGUCGGGGUUCAGCUUCUCUUCAUAUGAGUUGCAAUGAAGUAAUCGUUUGUGGGGCUCAAAUGUGUAUUGAUGCUUCAUUCCAUGGCACAUAAAUUGGACCAUCAUUUUCUCACUGUUUUGCUUAGACAACGACACCAAUGUGUUACACUUGAAUGUACCUUAAUAACGUUCUAGUGGUUCUGACUUCUAACUUGAGCUUAUAGUUUUAUUUACUCUACAAUCUAGUUACCUUUUGA